AUGAAGAAAUACUCUCGAUGGACGGACGACGAAACAGUGGUGGUGUUGAAUCACAUUGAUUGGUGCCUUGCCAACAAACAGGAUUACUGGCAGACGAUACACAGCAAGUUCAACGAGGAGACCGGUCGAGUGCCCGAUGAGUCGCAGAUUGUGACCCGUCUCAAGGCUAUCUGUAAACAGCAGACCCCGAGAAUCCAUUACAAGCAUUUGAUAGCCCACGGUACUGUGGUACUGGAGGACGCCACGAUAGCCGGGCCCAUCUUAGAGGCCAUGAAAUACGGUAGAGAGAAUCUGAGCCUCGACGUCUUGGAGAAACGUAGAAAAGAGAUUCCACUAUCGCAGGCCGGCUUAUCGCAGGCAAGUACAUCUAAAGAUGUAUUGAGAAUGUUUCCUAACGUUAAGCAGCGCAGCAAACGGCAGACAAAGAAGAAGCGUCGAUUGGAUAAUCACCGACAUUCGUUGCAUGAUAGACCUUCUGGCUCAAGAGAGAACAGUGGUCUCAUCAUCCAUCACAGCCAGGUCGAUCGAAAACGAAAACGUGCAGACAGCGUUCCUCACAAUGACAUCGCGUCCUCUCUAGACCUUCCCAACCCCGAGACUGUGACAUUGGGGAUGACGACAGAAUCAGACCUACCAGCGCAACUCGGAAGUCCGGAAUCGGGAAAUACUGUAUCGCACCUACACAAACGGCUGGAGGCCCUUGAAGGGGAAGUCAAGUCCAUGUCCGAACUGGGACACAACACAGAACAAGCAUUGAAGAUGGCUAUCCAAUGCAUAACUUGGGUCUUUCGGGAGCAAAUUGGACCUAAGAACAAGAUACCUGAAGAGAUCUUCUCAACAAUGCAGCUUGUUGAGAGAACCAUCAAACAGAAUCCGAGCGAUGCUUUAGGUAGGCUUAUCAAGGACUUGCAGCAAGCGAACGUCGUUCGCCAGCGAUAUCAAGAAACCGUCAGAGAUCUGAUUGGGUCACGCGACUACGCGAAAAAGGUAGGAUUUCCACCACUGCCUCUCCCAUCUGAGCUCGCUGAAGAUUGGCGUCGCAUUCGAUCACCACUGAAGGAAACCAUGGUGGGUACUGGAGCACAUGUUUCGCGUAUAAAAUUGGCUAUGACUGGCUCUUUCUCGAACACACAUCUGGAUGAUCUUGCCAAAUGCAGGGAGGGGGGAGCAUACGAAGCACAACCGUGGAUAUGUACACGUCAAUUGUAUCUGGACAAUCCGACCGCAGCGCAGCAUCUACUGGCAGUUGUCUUGUGCCAGUUGCUGUUCUGCGGGACUGAGACCAUGUGCGAAGUGACGCCUGCAAGUCGCGCGUUCCAAAUCUAUAGAACUGUGACAGAAGACAGAGAAGAGAUAAGGCGUAUCGACACAAUUGCCUUCCAGCUUUUCACCAACCAGCCUUCCUUCGUGACCGAGGUCCUUCCAGAUCGUAUCCAGAAAAUGCGAGAAUGCCUUGAAGCCUGCGCUAGAGAAUUCACCACUGGUGUUAGCUGCAACUCUCCAUUUCGUCAUCUCGAUUUCAUGUCGGUUGAAGCGGUCAAACAUGCCCUCAGCCUAAAACGAGCACUGAUGUUGAGCGUUUUCGAAUAUGAAAUCCAUUUCGCUAUUCCUGGAAUGGACUUCGAUCCAGUUUGGAUGGAUGCAGAGGAUGAAAAUGGUGUCAGCUUGGACCCGCUAACAUGUGCUAAAAUGAAAGUAUCAAUUUGCGUGUUCCCUGGACUUGUGCAGGCACCAACGAAGAAGCUGCCUGGAGACGCCGACAUCUCUGCAGCACUAUUGCAGGCGAAGAGCUUCUUUCCUCCGCCUCUAAAGGCAUGCCCAUCUCUGGAACAUGACAUAAUCGUCGCGAAGGCUAUUGUGCUGGUGCACGACGGGAACAUCGACGCUACCUAG